GAUCGUUGCGUAAAAAGGAUAUUCGUUUCGAACUCAAUUCCAAAUGUGUGGUCAAAACUGGUAGCUUUGGUACUGUCUUCUAUAGGCAAAGUGUGUUAACGAAUAAUCUAUGUCAAUAGUACUGCUAUUGAGGAAGGCGAUAGUGCAUAAAAUUCUCAAAUUCUAAGCUAUUUCAGUGCUAUAUAGGACGUUGAUGGUGUCUUGUUUUAGUUUUUUUUCCUGCUUGGUGAGCUUUGGCUAUUGAUUUUUCCGGAAACGAAGCGCCCCUCAUCCUGCUCGGUAGCACGGAGUGUGAAUAAAAUAUUUAUGAAUGGAGUAACGUUAUCCAACGGCUCGAACGACGAGGUCUGUGUUUCCGCUUUUCGUAAACUGCUGUGAGUGAUCUCUGUCCGCAUGAGCCAUCGGCCGGCACUGGUGCACUGAAGGGGUUGUUGUAAUCAACUCGUGGAAUAGAUUGUGUUCAUGUGUAUAGUUGUUUGCUGCUUUUUCUGCUAAUCACUUAUUUAUAUCGUGGCCGUAUUCGCUUCGGACGGGUCAAACGAGGAUGUGCGUUUAAUCGAGUGUCAUUUUUUCGACGUAGUGUCGUUCUCUUUUCGUUUAUGUGAGAUUAUUUGCCCAUAAUUUUUUUUUUCGGUUUGAUGUGCACAUGAAAAGCAGCAAAAGAGAAUAGUGACGUGAUUGCUAUAAGCCUCACCCUCUACAGAUUUGGCUUCCGAAGAAAAAAUCAGAGAGUACGUUGUUUGCAAGUGGGUUAUAAUCGUGUAUCGCUAAAUCGAUCGCUUAGAUAUUUGCUGGAAUCGAAUCGGAGGCGGAUCUUUAUUGGAAUUAUCGUGGGAAGUUGAUGUGAAUUACGGCUAGUUGCGCAGGAAACAAUCAAACAAAAAUCAAUCAGCGUGUUUGUUUAGCGCCCUGCGGCGUCAAUUACGUUAAAAGCACAGCAGGAAAUAUUAACAAAUUGUGAUUAUAAUUGAAAAUUUAUUGUUCGCCGAAGGAGCUGCUGCGUGAUAGGCCAAAAACUUCGACCUCCAUUGUGUGUGCAAACCAGUGUAGUGGGGGACAUUCGUUAACCAAGCAAGUCUUGUUUGGGAAGUGGAUGUAAUUUAUUUUGGUUUUCCGUUUCCUUCGAAACAAAAAAGCAGCAAAGGAAAAUUUGUUUUUCUACCCUGCAGUCACCAUCGAAGGAUAAGGUUUAGCGCCAGAAAAUAAAUAUAUGUAAUGGAUCGCUCCCCUGUCAAGCGAAUAUCCAAUACAAUAAAUAAAAUGGUGAGCUUACUGACCAUUGCCUUCGGAUUAAUGCUGCUGACGAUUCCGAGCAUUCUCGGAGUGCCAACCGCGGCAUCUAAUAACAUUAACCGAGCUACUAACGUAAAUCUGGCGCGGUUUGAGGAUAAAUCAACCGCUGCUGGUUCGGAUUCGCUCGACGGAGAAAGUGUGGCACCGGUUCUGUCACUAGAGGAUCAGGUGCGCCUACUAACAAAGCAGCUCAAUACGUUGACGAAUCAACGGCUCGAGGAUUACAAAAUGCUGGAGAAUAAUCUGAAAAAAUACGUGCGUAAAAAUUCGAUUCAGCUUACAAACGAAGAGAUUCGCGAUGAGCUGGAUCAUUUGAGGGAGGAUAUUAAAGCGCUCCGAGAUAGUAGUUCCCCGAACAAGGAACGCCUGACAGUACAGUGGCUGUCGCAGUCAAUAGCAGAAAUUCGUUCUGAACUGGCUGAACUGCAGGAAUCGUCCAGCAACGUCUCCAAGGAUGCACAGUUAAAAAAUCAACUGAUGGAGGAUAUUAGCACGCUGCGGGCGGAGUUCUCCACGCUGAAACUGGAGUUGGAGUCGCUGAAAUCGCGACAGGAAAAAACGGAAGUGUUGGUGCAUGAGCUGCGCGAGGAAGCCGUACAGAGUGCCGAGGACAUUCGUCGUAGUUUGACCCGGCAACGGGAGAAGAGUGACAUGGCUGAAACACCGCAAACAAUCGAUUUCGUCGAACCGGAGGCAGACCACCGGAUGCGCCAUCAUCGUUUCUUUCGACAGCAGCUUCACGAGCUGGAGGUUAAACAGACGGCAAUGAAGCGACAGUUAAAUGACAUCUUCAACCACCGAAUGGCGGAUCGGUUGCGAAGCUUGGAAAUUGAACAGCGUAGGCUGGCCAACGCGAACUUCAACAUUAGCCGUCAGGUGGCCAGCUUGGAUAAACUGCACGGUUCGAUGCUGGAGCUGCUGGAGGACGUCGAGGGAAUCCAAAACAAGUUCGAGAAAACUCUGCCCGAUAUCAAGCGGGAAAUUUCCAAGGUGGAGUUCAAUGCGGCACAGAUUUCCUCCCAACAGGGUCUGCUGAGGGAGGAAGGACAUAACAUAGCGAAAAGUAUACAGGCGAUGGCUGUCAGUGUCAGCACCUUGCAAGAUGAGCGGGAAAAUGUGCGAAAACUUGAGGAGCAGAUUCAGGUCAUGAAACGAGACCUGGAUAAAAUCAAGUCGGCUGCCCUGCUGCACAGAGAGAUGGCUCACAACCGAUGGGAAAAGCUGGAAGCUGAAUCCCGCAUGGAUUACAACGUGUCCUCGAAGCUGACCGAACUGCAACGAACGACGAAGCUGGUGCAACAGUUGGAAAACGUCGAGAACGAAUACGAGACCAUAAUCAAUAAGCUACCCCGAGAUUGCACCAAAAUCCAACAGAUGAAAACGCAGGGAGAAGUAAGCCAGAGCGGCGAAGGGAAUCUUUAUCUGAUUGCCCCGGCCGGCCAGCAUCAUCCUCUGAUGACACAGUGUUUCAACGAGUGGACCACAAUCCAACGACGCCAGGACGGUUCGGUGGACUUCAAUCGUUCUUGGGAGGACUAUGCCAAUGGCUUCGGAUCGCCGGCCGGGGAGUUUUGGAUCGGUAACCAAGCGUUGCACCAUCUUACCAACGACAAUUGCUCGAUGCUUCGUAUUGUGAUGCAGGAUAUCUACGAUAAUACCUGGUUUGCAGAUUACGAUGCAUUCAGAAUUGGCUCACGGGAAGAUGGGUUCCGCCUGGAGCUGGCCGGAUACGACGGUAAUGCUUCGGAUGCCUUCGAGUACCAGAAUCAUAUGCAAUUUUCUGCCAUCGAUGUCGAUCGGGAUAUUUCCAACACACAUUGUGCUGGCAAUUACGAAGGGGGCUGGUGGUUUUCCCACUGUCAGCACGCCAAUUUGAAUGGUCGGUACAAUCUGGGCCUGACAUGGUUCGAUGCAUCCCGGAACGAGUGGAUUGCGGUCAAGUCCAGCCAUAUGAUGAUUGCCCGGCGAGCACGAUGUACCCUUGCCGGGGAUCGUGAAAGAGGGGAUCAGGGCUUGCAAAGUCCGGUAAUUGCGGAAUCAUUUUCUUCCGCAUCGACGGUGGCGAUCUCGAAGUAUGAAACCACCUUGCUGACCACAUUAUCGUCCCGGCGGUCAACCGAUUCCGGAGUCUAGAAGUUUGAAGAAAAGCAAAAUGUAAAAUAGCUGUAGGAUGUGCUCUGAUUCUCUUUGGUUUGUAAAUUACUUACUAGGAGGGACCGGCGGAAAUGGUUUUAUUUUGCAACAUGUGUAUGUGUGUUUGUAAGUACGCCUGUACAGCAGUAGGGGAUAGCAUCAUAUCAGUUCGAGGUGUAGCAGCUCAUCUGAGAUUUGUUAAAAACAGAAGCCGACCUUGAUCCCAGUGAACAAAUCGGUUCCAGUUAUCACCAUACUAUUUUGUAUAUUCAGUGUACUUAGCCAGAGAUUUCAACUAGCAUAAAGAACUAUAUAAACUUCUGUCGGUCUAGUGACCAAUUAAUAUCGUGGAUCUGAGCAGGUAUUUUAAAUUGCCAUCAAAAAGGUUAUUAGUUUUUCCCGAUGAAGGGUAAUUUCUUCCAUUCGACCACCCAACCUACCAAGCAGCAAUCCAACUGAGCAUACUGAGCUCGUUGGAAACCCCACUCAACGGCAAGAAAAGGAAAUUUAUUCUGGCUGAUUACUUUUUUAUGGCUAUUUUAUCCGUGUUUUCCGAAAUUCUGCGGUGGAAAAUUUUACGAUAAUGCUACAGUGUGUUCGUUCUCCUGCUUCUUUUUUCCAAUUAGAUUGUAUGUUCAUCGGUAUAAUUUUAGACGGCCGAUGUGUGGGUGAAAUUCGGAAUGCGGAUGUUUUUCGGUUAAGACAUGCACGUAACUGAUAAAGUUUUAUUGUUUUAAGUUGGUCGAAAUUGUAACAUUUUAUUUAACAGACUUUAUUUAUUCUCUAUUUAUUCGAAAUUUACUUUUACAAAAAUUCCAAUAGAAAAUAAUCUUCUUUAGUGUCAGGUUUCCAUUAUCUAAAUGAUACAUUAAUCAACAGGAAUGCUAGUGUUCUAAGAUUAACUCUACUACAGUCAGUCGCUGUAGAGUCAAUAUUUUUCUUGCUUUAGUACUACUUUGGACAGGAAAAGGCGGACUUUCUAGUUUGUUCUAUUAUCUUAAUAUUAAAAAAUACGUUCUGAUGGCUUAAUGGCUGAAUCUCUUGAACAAACAUUCAGCAAUUUGCAAAAACGAUGAAGGAGUCGGUUCAACUUUUACGCUAUCUUCUCCUUUAAUAUUGAAAAGUAUAAUUUACAAACAAAUUCAUCAAAGUUUAGAUUUUCCUUUUCGAAUGAGAUUGUAAAUUAGUAAAUAAUGAAAGAAUGUGAACUUUUUUCUAGUCGUUCAAUUCUGCUCCUAUGUUGUUUGCAUUUAUUUAAUGAAGUGGAACCGGUAAUGCUUCGGGGAAUUUCUUAUAUUUCAAAUAUUUAAAUGAUACAAGUAAGUAACACUUUCUUGAAUGUUUUGCAAUUGUGUGCAAUGGAAAAUUGCAUAGCGCUUGCUUUUUUCACCCAGAAACGAGCCUAAACCUUUAGGUCAGAUUGACAUUUCCCUUCUGGGAUGAUGACAGGUUCCCUAAAAAAUUAUCUUCUAUGACAAAAUAAGUCGUUCGUUCAAUUUUCUUGAGAGCAUUUUCUUGUUAGAUUGAAAACCAUACGCUAAAAGUUGUGUCGAUAAGUUAAAAUGCAGUCGAAUUUCGCUGUUGACAAAAAUAUCUUUUAGUGGAAAAACUGGAAAAACAUUGCAAACAAUACCAAAGAUAUUAAAACGCAUCAUAAACACUGAAAUUGGUUCAUAACCGUAAAUUGUUUGCUUCAAAUUCGCGAAAAUAGAAAAUAAUUCUUAAUUUCCUGUAUAACAUGGCAAGCACAAUGAUAAUAAGAGUAUAUAAAAGACAACCAAUGUUUUGUGACAAAGCAAAGGCGAAAGAAAAUCCAUAUAAAUCGAACUGAAGGACUGAUAAGUAUUUAUGCAUAAUUCCAAUUUAUUUCCAUUUUAAAAAGGUAGUAAAUUCCUCACAUAUCAGAUAAGCGGAAUGAAAUGAAAUUUUAAACAGAAGCUUGUAAAUAUAAGAGAUGGAGCUAAAAAUAAUAAAACUCAUUCAUUACAGGAUUCGAACAAAUCUAAUCUUAAUUUAGGCUAAGGUACUUAAGGUCUCAUUGGUUUUAGCACGAGUAGUUUUUUUUUUCAUUCUAAAAUGGAAAUUAAAAUCCUGUAAGAAUAGGAAGAGAAUAUGAUUUUUAUUAGUGGUAACAGUAAGAGAUAUUAUGCUUGACAUUUUACUGCAAGAAAAAAAUGUAUGAAAUUAGAUAGGCGUUUAGAGCAAGUUGCGAACACCCGAGUCAUGAUUUUGUAAAUAAUUUUAGGUACUGCUGCCGUAUGGCACAUGAUACAAGUCACUUUUAGGUUAUAGUUGAUAAUUUAAAGUAAUUAAAGAGACGAGAAUUUAUUCAUGCAAAUGGAAAGAGAUAUUUAAACUGGAUUACGAAUCAAGUGAAACACUUCUAUAAGUUUUAAUGAAUGAUAAAAAUGUAACA